AUGUUCAUUCUCCUGAUAGACGUGCCAGUUGCAAUGCAGGCAGGGAUUAACUUGGGGACAGCUGUGUCAAGAGGAUUGUAUCAACCAGCAACAAUCUUUAUGGGCCGCCAGAUGUCAGCCAUCUCAAGCGCUGGAGAUGUUAGUACAGAGCAGAAAUCUCCCCAACCCACGAAGAACUUCAGAACAAUUCUUGACCCACGUUCACAGCAACAGACAGCCCAGAGCAGUGAUGUGACAGACAGCUAUGUAGUCUGCACUAAUAGUGGCACACAGUGCUUAAAUAAGUCUGACAAAAUAGAUGGAAGGACAUCUCUUCAGAUUGGUGAGAAAACGCCAGUCACAGCCAGCCCAUUGUCUGAGGAGGAACAGACUCAUUGCUUGGAGAUAGGAAGCAACUCACGUCACGGCAAGAGUAAUUUAUCUGAAAGCAAAAAGUCUGCUGAACUCCAUUCCCUGUUACGGGGAAGAUUACGUCCAGGAAGCAGAACCACUGAUUUAAAGUGUGACAGUUCCAGCAGAUCAGGGGCAUCAGAGGGAGAAAUACUGACACGGGAACAUAUUGAAGUCAAGGAAGACAGUGCCAGACUACCAGUCGCUCCGAUAUCAGUCUCAGAAUACUGUGCAUCUGAAAAUCAUCCUCCUCACGGGGACCCCGAGGCACAGAAGCCCUUCAGGAAAAUGCAGCAACAGCAGGAAGAGGAAAGUCUGAGCAGCAGCAGUGACCUCACAGUUGCCGCUCUAUAAUCACAGUGACAUUCUGAAAGAAGACCUUGAAGCCUGUGGAACAGCUGUCCUUCACCAGCCUCCGAGACUCUUACCUGGAGGUGGCAGCCAUGAAAAGCAAGUCAGAUCUGAACAAGCGUCAGCCUCAGGCUUGUUGAGGGCACAGUUGGGUCAGCACAUGGCCACCUUGAAAGAACGUGAUAAUUCUAUCACAGAAGAGGUAGCUAAGAAGUCUGAAG